GCGGGGGUGUCUUCGUUGCUGGUCAGACCUGUAGGAGCAGGGGUCAAGGGUGGGGAGCAAUGCGGAGCCAGCGCCCGGCUUUCCCGCUGUUCCGGCUGUCGCUCCGCGCGGUCUCUGCGGCGCCGGUUCCGGGGCCCUGCCCCCGGCCUCCCCCUCUCUAGGGCUCGGGGUCGCCUACUCCGCGCAAACACCAGGAUUUCGGACCUCGGCUCAGGCCUCGGUGCCCCCUGACCCCCUAAGAGACUUCCAGAUCUCUCUCCCUCUCUCUCUCUCUCUCACGCUUUGAGAGCUAAACUGCUGAGAAUCAAUUCUUUAUAAAUAAGCUGGUUGUCACCUUUAGGGGAGAAUUAUAAAUGUACUGAUGGAGGCCUGGCAUCGAGGCCAAAUUGGCGGCGAGGGUCUGUUAUCAGGAGUAGACUGUUCUGUCCUGCGCGCUGUGUGGACACUACUUUGGGGCAGGUGUGGGGUGGGUGGGAGACCUGCAGGUGAGACUCGCCCAGCUGAGACUCCAUCAGGCUCUCCCAGAAUUGCCGGACGGUGGUGGGCAGGUUUUGUCUGACCAGGCCUACACUGCUUGAGUGAACCAUCCUUCAAAACACUCGGUUCUUUUACUUCCGUGCUGCAACCUGACUUACUAAAUGGGCCUCCCCCGGCGGUGCCAUUGUUAAGGAGGGUGUUUGCUGGCGGGCACGCAUGCGUCGGCCGGAGAAGGGCAUCGCCGGAGGUGUGUGCAGAGAAGGCCACCCGCUCCCGCGUUGAGCAGAGUCCAUGGGCCGGCAGUGCUUUCUUACACCUGAUCCAACUCUGCCUGCCCUGCCUCCCGGUCUCCUAAGAGGCAAGGGUAGUACUCCCUGUGACCCCCAACUUUCAGUCACAGGAAGGCCUCUGUGCAUGAGGGGGGCCACCAUCAUCGGCAUAGACUCUGCAAGUGGGCAGAGACGUAGGAGUCGCCGGUGUCUGCUUGAAUGAGGAGGAAAACAUGUGUUUCUGGCCUCGGAAUUCGUCAGCGUUGUGGCCAAGAAGCAGCAAAUUGGAGGGAGGGUGAUGACGGAGGAUUCCUGAGAAAAAGUGGAAUGCAAGCUGAUUCUAAAGAGGAGGCACCAAAGCAGCACAACAGCCUGGAUUUCUUGGACACAAGGCAGUGUUUCCAUCAUUUUUCUAUUAAUAGCUGUCUGUCUGCAUUCUGAUUGGGAACAUUGGGCUCAUUUCAUCAUGCCAACAGUGGUGGUAAUGGACGUAUCCCUUUCCAUGACCCGACCUGUGUCUGUUGAGGGGUCUGAAGAAUACCAGCGCAAGCACCUAGCAGCCCACGGUUUGACAAUGCUGUUUGAGCACAUGGCCACGAAUUACAAGCUUGAGUUUACAGCCCUGGUGGUUUUUUCGUCACUCUGGGAGCUGAUGGUUCCCUUCACAAGAGAUUAUAACACCCUACAGGAAGCACUAAGUAAUAUGGAUGAUUAUGAUAAAACCUGCUUGGAGUCUGCAUUAGUUGGUGUUUGCAACAUUGUUCAGCAAGAAUGGGGUGGUGCAAUUCCUUGCCAGGUUGUUCUGGUGACAGAUGGCUGUCUUGGCAUUGGCAGAGGGUCACUGCGGCAUUCCCUAGCUACUCACAAUCAACGAAGUGAGAGCAACAGGUUCCCACUACCUUUUCCCUUCCCAUCUAAGUUAUACAUCAUGUGUAUGGCGAAUUUGGAGGAGCUUCAGAGCACUGACUCCUUGGAUUGCCUGGAACGCCUCAUAGAUUUAAACAAUGGUGAAGGGCAGAUUUUUACUAUUGAUGGCCCCCUGUGCUUGAAAAAUGUUCAGUCUAUGUUUGGAAAACUGAUAGAUCUGGCAUACACGCCUUUCCAUGCUGUUCUCAAGUGUGGCCACCUAACUGCAGAUGUGCAAGUCUUCCCCAGGCCAGAACCUUUUGUUGUAGAUGAGGAAAUCGAUCCUAUCCCUAAAGUCAUUAACACAGAUUUGGAAAUAGUGGGGUUUAUUGAUAUAGCUGAUAUUUCCAGUCCUCCAGUUCUAUCCAGACAUCUGGUCCUACCUAUAGCACUUAACAAAGAAGGUGACGAGGUGGGUACUGGCAUAACUGAUGAUAAUGAAGAUGAAAAUUCAGCCAAUCAGAUUGCAGGCAAAAUACCCAACUUCUGUGUCCUGCUCCAUGGCAGCCUAAAAGUGGAAGGAAUGGUAGCAAUAGUUCAACUUGGUCCUGAAUGGCAUGGAAUGCUCUACUCCCAAGCUGACAGCAAGAAGAAAUCAAACCUCAUGAUGUCCCUCUUUGAGCCUGGCCCAGAACCUCUCCCAUGGCUAGGGAAAAUGGGACAGUUGGGUCCUAUUUCAGAUGCAAAAGAAAACCCUUACGGUGAGGAUGACAAUAAGAGCCCAUUCCCCCUGCAGCCCAAAAACAAACGCAGUUAUGCCCAGAACGUGACUGUCUGGAUCAAACCCAGUGGCCUGCAGACAGAUGUACAGAAGAUUUUAAGAAAUGCAAGGAAAUUACCUGAAAAAACACAGACGUUCUAUAAGGAACUGAACCGUUUACGAAAGGCUGCCCUGGCCUUUGGUUUCCUGGACCUGCUCAAAGGAGUGGCUGACAUGCUGGAAAGGGAGUGCACGCUGCUGCCCGACACCGCCCACCCCGAUGCAGCCUUCCAGCUGACCCACGCUGCCCAGCAGCUCAAGCUGGCCAGUACUGGCACCUCCGAGUACGCCGGCUACGACCACAACAUCACACCUUUGCAGACAGACUUCUCCGGGAGCAGCACUGAAAGAAUGUAAAGCUGACUUUGGGAGCCUUCCUUCCUUCUCAUUUUAAGUCCAAAUGAUUUCGGGUAAAAACUUCUCCAGGGUGUUCACCUCUGCAGCCACCACCUGAAGACCUCCCUGAGGCUGCCUCAGAAGCACCCCUUGCUGGUUUGAGUGGCUGCAACUGUCCGAGAAGGGCUUUGACCUUCUUUGUAAGCUCUUUCAGCCCAGAAGACACCUGUGGCUCCCGUAAUGGGUACAUCUUCUGAGAAGCUUGAUGGUGUGAUGGGUACAGAGCUCUCUCCCUUCCUCAGGAAACCUAACCCACAGGGGUCCUCUGGCUUUCUGAAAGGCAUCUUCUCUCCUCUCAAUCAUAAGGACAUUUUCAAGAUUCUGCCCUUGGAAUGAGCAACCCAGACUGGGACUAGCUAAGGACAAGCCCUACACCACUAAGUUUCGGAACUUUUCUUAGAACUUGGGCAAAACUUAGUGGUAACACUUAGGUGCUUUUGGUAUGUCUUGAGAUACAGACUUUUAAACAGCAGCCAUAAAUGUAAAAAAAUUAUUCCCAUUUCUUCAAGCUUUGUUUUUUAAUGAAAAAGUAUUUGAUUUUCUAUAAAAUGGUUUCACUGGUAAAUUAA